AUGGACGACCCAUUGUCUGCCGUCGACUCACACGUCGCUAAACAUAUGUUUGAAAAAGUGUUGAGUAAUGAAAAGGGAUUCCUCAAAGAAAAGACCCACGGAAGAAUACAUGAAACGGGAACUUAUGAACAGUUAAUGGAAACUAAGGGCGACUUCUCUGAGUUUAUUCAAGAGUUCUCUGUUGAACACAAGGAGAGCAAUGGACCGCUUCUGAAUCGACAGGAGUCGGUGAUCAGUGAUAAGUUUUCGCGCUCUUUAAGCGUGGAAAAGGACACCGAAAAGGAUAAAAACAAAUUAAUAGAGACUGAAAAAACUGAGACGGGAAAAGUGAAAUUGUCGAUAUACGCCACGUACUUCCGAGCUCUCACUUAUUUGUGGCUCGUGCUGGUGUGCAUUGGUAUGGUUGGUAUGCAAGUGGCCAGUGUUGGCUCAAACAUAUGGCUAGCCGUUUGGUCUAACGAUAAGCCCAGGAAUGGCACGCAAGACAUCGAUCAGCGAAAUAUGAGACUUGGAGUCUAUGGCCUACUGGGAGCCGCUCAGGCAUUUCUGGUGUUAUUGGCCGCGUAUGCAAUGGCGAGGGGAACCGUAAUAGCGUCGCGUACUCUUCACACAAGUCUUUUGGCGCGAAUACUUCGGUCUCCGAUGUCUUUCUUCGAUACGACUCCUUUGGGGAGAAUUGUUAACCGUUUCAGUAAAGACAUUGAUGUUGUUGACUCCACUAUUCCUCAUACCAUCAGGGGUUGGCUUUUAUGUCUUCUCCAAGUUGUCGCAACUUUUCUGUUGAUUGGUUUCGAAACCCCUAUAUUCCUGGUGUUUAUCCUUCCCAUUGCUUUCUUCUAUUUCUUCAUUCAGAAAUUCUAUGUCUCCACUUCCAGACAACUUAAACGCCUUGAAUCGGUGACGCGUUCGCCAAUAUAUUCGCAUUUUAGCGAAACCCUGUCCGGCGUCAGUACAAUCAGAGCUUACGGGUCGACCCGGAGAUUCAUCUCAGAGUCUAACAAUAAAGUAGAUUACAAUCAAGUCUUUUAUUAUCCCAGUGUUUGUGCCAAUCGAUGGCUCGGCAUUCGCCUCGAACUGUGCGGCAAUUUUAUUACACUCUUUGCCUCAGUCUUCAUUGAUGUUGUUGACUCCACUAUUCCUCAUACCAUCAGGGGUUGGCUUUUAUGUCUUCUCCAAGUUGUCGCAACUUUUCUGUUGAUUGGUUUCGAAACCCCUAUAUUCCUGGUGUUUAUCCUUCCCCUUGCUUUCUUCUAUUACUUCAUUCAGAAAUUCUAUGUCUCGACUUCCAGACAACUUAAACGCCUUGAAUCGGUGACGCGUUCGCCAAUAUAUUCGCAUUUUAGCGAAACCCUGUCCGGCGUCAGUACAAUCAGAGCUUACGGGUCGACCCGGAGAUUUAUCUCAGAGUCUAACAAUAAAGUAGAUUACAAUCAAGUCUUUUAUUAUCCCAGUGUUUGUGCCAAUCGAUGGCUCGGCAUUCGCCUCGAACUGUGCGGCAAUUUUAUUACACUCUUUGCCUCAGUCUUUGCAGUCUAUUAUCGCGACAGCUUUCGAGCCAAUCCCGGUUUUGUCGGUUUGAUUAUUACUUAUGCCUUAAGUGUCACACAAACACUCAAUUGGUUGGUUAGAAUGACAUCGGAGAUGGAAACCAAUAUAGUUUCAGUCGAGAGAAUCAAUGAAUACUGUGAUAACCCAACAGAAGCUGAUUGGGAGAGCGAUGCAAAUAAUAAGCCGCCCAAUGGUUGGCCCGAUAACGGGUUGAUUGAAUUUGUCGACUAUUCUGUUCGAUACCGUCCGGGACUUGAUUUGGUUCUGCGAGAGAUUAACACCAAGAUUGAGCCCUUGGAAAAGGUCGGGAUCGUUGGGCGCACCGGUGCCGGCAAGUCGUCUUUGACUCUAAGCUUGUUUAGAAUCCUAGAGGCGGCCAACGGAAGGAUUGUUAUCGACGGCAUUGAUAUCAGCAAAAUAGGUCUCCACGACCUCAGGACUCGCCUCACAAUUAUACCACAGGAUCCCAUCCUGUUCUCUGGAACCAUUCGAACCAAUUUGGAUCCAUUCAAGAUAUACUCUGACGAACAAAUUUGGACGGCUUUAGAGCACUCGCAUCUCAAACACCACAUCAAAGGACUCGACGCUGAACUCGAACACAAAGUGACUGAAGGCGGCGAGAAUUUAUCGGUCGGACAGAGACAACUCAUUUGUUUAGCCCGAGCUCUGCUACGAAAGAGCCGUAUCCUAGUUCUGGAUGAGGCGACCGCUGCUGUCGAUCUCGAAACUGAUUCCUUAAUCCAAACGACAAUCAGAAAGGAGUUCAAAGAGUGCACUAUUUUGACGAUCGCUCACAGACUCAAUACAAUCAUGGACUCAAAUCGGGUGUUAGUCCUGGAGAAGGGCAGUGUCGGUGAGUUUGAUUCGCCUCAAAAUCUGCUCCAAAACAAAGACACCAUAUUUUAUUCGCUCGCAAAAGACGCCCGACUUCUAUGAGUUGAAUAACUGACCAUUGAUUGCCAUUAAUGUUGAAAAUGUUUUGUUAUAAUUACACAUUAAUUCUGUGUUUAUGUUUCAGUGGAUUAUUUUAAUUUUGCCACAAAUUUAUAAUUUUACUCAAAUUAUUGCUGAUUAUUGUUUGGAUGCAAUCACUUAUUGUGUUUU